CGCCUGGCGGUGGUGGUGGAGGAGGUGCUCCCCCCCUGAACCCACGAACAAAUGGAGGCUGAGGGGGAAGGUGAGGGUGAGGGUGAGGGUGAUGAUGGCGGUCCCAACCGCCCCAGCGACCACCACCACCACUACCACCCUUCUUGGCCUCCCGCUUCCUCUCCCGUCUGGCGUCCCUCUUGGCGUGCCGCAGCUCCCUCUUCGUCCUACGCGCCUCGCGCUUCUCAGCCCGUCGGACAGCCCUCUUCUCGCGCUGGACCUGGCGUCUGGCCUGUGCCUGCUGGCGCCUGACGGCCUUCCACUGAGCCUUCAAGUCGCGAACCUGCUGGCGGAGGGCUCGUCUCUCCUCGUAGGUCGAGGGGAGCGGGCCGUAGCCUUCGAGAGGGGUGGUCCUGGCCUGGCGGAUGGCGGUUCGGGCCUGGGUGACAUGGUCCCUGGUGACGCCGUCCUCGGGGUGGGCGAGCCAGCGCUCGAGGAUGGAGCGGGCUACCGGAAGUUGGGUGUCGCGGAGGUCGUCGUGGUCGGGGAGAGAGCCUAUGUCGCUCUCGGCGGAGGAGGAUUUGCUGCUGCUGCUGCUUGAUGAGGAUGAUGAAGACGAUGAGGAGGAGGCUGAGCUGAGUGACCUGUGCCUGCGGUGGCCGCCGUGCCUGAAACCACCACGACC